CAAACUACAUAAUUAUUUUUCGAAAUUCUCGCCCACAGAAAAUUAGAAAUGUCUUGUUUUGAUUUCUCUGUUUUCACACUCAUUUGUAAGGUAUUGUGUACCAUUGAUUAAGUGCCUCAACUUGUUGUGAAUGUCACUUUUAACUGCUUAUAUAAGUAUAUGCAGAUUUAACUGUUUUAACGUGUGGCAAUUAGCAAUUCACCUGCAUAUAUAUAGCGCGAAAUGGCCAACAAUCGUCUAAUGCCUGAAGGGCAAAUCAUUGAAGAAGAUAUGGAUGGAGAGGAUCAAAAUGCCAGGGAACUGGACAUAGAUGACGACGAUGACUCCGAACUGGAUGACAUGCGUGUAAUGAGAUUGAAUAAUCCACAAGUGGCCAUGCUGCUGGAUGCUCCACAUGAGCCGCCAUUCAAUUUACAUCAUAUGCUGGGACCUGUGGCCAUGCCGACCAGGCCGCGUAACAAGCGAAGCUUCUUAACCGUCGCCAAGCCCUUUCACAUCCAGCCGCAGAUGUGUGCCCUAGUUGCCAAUGGUUGGCAAGCUGUGCAGCAUCUCCAACCGGAGAUGCGUCGCGAUUAUUUUGCCAACUAUUUGUACGAGAACAUGAAUAGCAAAAACUAUCCAAAUGGUGAGGGCUUGCCUCAUCAUUGGGGACAAUUUUGACCACCAUGCAACAUCAUUAGCAGAAUCUUUGUUCGUUUUAUGGUACUGGACACACAACUCGAGUAUUCUUUUCUUGGCCUUCUUGUUUGAUUAGUAAUUUAAUUUUAAAAAUUGUCCAGAACAAAAUGCCGUGGGCAAAUAAAAACAAACUUAAAAAUCACAAA